AUGUCUCAAGGAACUUCUCUGCUGCCAAAAGAUAAAGGACCUACCGCAGAACCUGGAAAGGCUAUCGGCAUCAAACGGCUGCAGACCGAUACUCCCUCAGGUCCUGCGUAUCAUAAUGUUUAUGUACGAAGGAAAGUAGAAUCUGAGCAUAGUAAAGUGAACCCUUCUCAGGAGUUGAAAGGUAAUGGAAAAGACAAAGCAAAAGAGCUGGAGGCAUGCCAAGAUGUUCAGCAUGAGGAGGCCAAUAAGCCCCAAGUGGCAUCUCCUGUUGCUGAAUCUGUAGAACUAGUAUCUUCCAAAUCUCCUGAAAAACCAAAUGCGGAAAUUGUGCCGGAGAAAACUGAGCCACCAGUUGCUUCCAGCACUCGCAUUCAAGAGGAGGUGAAACAUUCAAGCAUAGAAUACUGGAAUGAGAGAUUUAAUCGGUUACAGACAUAUUUGGAGAACUGUGAUAAUUCAACCCAGGAGGGUUAUUUGCGAAAGCUUAGGUCCCUUUCGGCUGCUGGGCGAAACAUGCAUGCAAUUGAGCUGGAGAAAAGGGCUAUACAUCUCUUAGUGGAGGAAGGGAAAGAGCUGCAGCGAAUGAAGUCUUUGAAUGUUCUGGGGAAGGUUUCCCCAAAUGGUCAUCGAAGCUGA